CUCUCUCUAACACAAACACUAUGGCUCCUGCCACUAACUGGCUUUCUUUCUCUCUUUCCCCCAUUGAAAUGCUUCGCUCCACUGACUCCCCCUUCGUUCCUUAUGAAUCUUCCUCCUCCACCCCUUCCCCUCACUAUCUCUUCGACAACUUCUACUCUCAUAAUGGAUGGAGUAGCAACAACAAUGCUAAUUCUCACCCAAAAUCAUCUCAACUUUUCUUCAUGGAUGGAGAUGAUCAAAACAACCAAGUUGUAGCUGUCAAAGAAGAUGAUACUUUUCUUCAUCCACAAACCCAUCAUCAUCAUCAUCAACCCAAGCUUGAAGAUUUCCUGGGCGAUUCUUCCUCCUUGGUACGAUAUUCCGACAGCCAAACCGACACUCAAGAUUCCUCUUUGACUCAUAUUUACGACCAUCCGGCCUCCGCCCACUACUUUCCCGACCAACAAGAUCUCAAAACCAUUGCUGCUUUUCAAGCUUUUUCAACGAACUCUGGCUCUGAAGUUGAUGAUUCUGCUUCUAUUGCUAGAACCCACAUCCCUUCUGCUCAUUCUAUCGACUCUUCUUCACUCACUAAUAAUGACUUGCCCUCUUUCUCUAACUGUCCUACUGGUGCUCUCUCACUCGCCGUUGCUCACUCCUCCGAUACCCCUCCUCCUGCUCCUGCGCCUAUUGUGCCUCUAGAUUCUGAAUCCAAUAAGAAAAUUGCUGAUACUUUUGGCCAGAGAACUUCCAUUUACAGAGGAGUCACCAGGCACAGAUGGACGGGUAGAUACGAAGCGCAUCUGUGGGAUAACAGCUGUAGAAGAGAGGGUCAGGCUAGGAAAGGACGUCAAGUUUACUUAGGUGGGUAUGAUAAGGAGGAAAAAGCAGCUAGGGCUUAUGAUUUGGCAGCUUUGAAGUACUGGGGUCCCACAGCAACCACCAAUUUUCCUGUUUCGAAUUAUGCCAAGGAAUUAGAAGAAAUGAAACAUGUCACCAAGCAAGAGUUUAUUGCUUCUUUGCGAAGAAAGAGCAGUGGUUUCUCACGUGGUGCCUCUAUUUAUAGAGGUGUAACAAGGCAUCAUCAGCAGGGUCGAUGGCAGGCAAGAAUUGGUCGUGUUGCUGGGAACAAGGACUUGUAUCUUGGGACGUUUGCCACUGAGGAGGAAGCAGCCGAGGCUUACGAUAUAGCAGCAAUAAAGUUCAGAGGUUUGAAUGCUGUGACGAACUUCGAGAUGAGCCGAUAUGAUGUUGAAGCUAUUGCGAAGAGUGCACUGCCUAUUGGGGGUGCAGCAAAGAGGCUGAAGCUUUGCCUGGAAUCCGAUCAGAAGCCGAUUCCGAAUCACGAUCAAGCAACCCAAUGCAGCAGUGGUAGCAACAAUAUCAACUUCAGCACCACCAUGCAGGCUGUGCCGCCUAUCCCUUGUGGAAUUCCAUAUGACACUGCAGCCAUGCUGUAUCACCAUAAUUACUUCCAUCAUCUUCAACCUAACGCCAUCGUCUCAUCGGAGUCGACCAGCCCCGGUAUUGCAAUGCCGGGGACCGUGGCACCUCAAGCAGCCGAGUUUUUUGUUUGGCCUCACCAAUCGUAUUAGGUUUUUCCGUGUUUACUGAUAUGAUCGAUGCAAAUGCAGCUAACAAUAUAUGACCGAAGUCUUGGUUUGAUAACAGUGUUGCGGGGCGACUCGGAUUUUUAUCCCAAUGACUUGAAAUGAAAUGA